AGACUUAGAUCGGAUGGCAGAAGAGCUCGGGCAUCCAGGUAACUUCACUAUAUCGCUUUUUGAUCAAAUGCUUGAAGCAACCAGCGAUCAAUGUGUUAACAACAGAUAACUCAUUUCUUAAAUUGUCUUUCGGCGAUAACGUAAAUUAAGGCUACUUUUACAUCUUGACAAACUAUUUUCUAUUGGUGAUACAAUCGCUGUCGGGUACGUUUUGAGGUUAUAGACUAAGCAUAAUGCGUUAUGUUAUCAGUCACCAUGCUGGCAGAUGUGUAGCCUAUCUUAAAUAGGCUAUUUUUUUUUUUACUUUUCACUCGGAACAUUGGAAUAGGCAGCUAUAAAGUCUCUAACAAGGUGGUGGUCUGAAGACAAUGCUGGAUGCCAUGGAAGUCCCAAGUCAUGCUAGGCACCUCCUUUUGCAACUCAACACACAGCGCACCAAGGGCUUUCUCUGCGAUGUCAUCAUCGUGGUGCAGAACGCCUUGUUCCGAGCUCACAAGAACAUUCUCGCUGCCAGCAGCCUUUACCUGAAAUCCCUGGUUGUCCACGACAACCUCAUCAACUUGGACCAUGAGAUGGUGAGUCCAGGAGUCUUCCGGGUCAUAUUAGACUACAUAUACACCGGACGCUUGAGCGAGGGAGACCCGACCUCUCCCAGCGAGCCCAACCUCGGGGCAGUGCUGGCAGCAGCCAAUUACCUGCAGCUGCUGGACUUGGUGGCCUUAUGCAAGAAAAAGCUGAAGAGGAAUGGAAAGUACUCGCACCCCGGCGCAGCGUUUUUACCGUACAAACUGAGCAGUGGCGAGAUGGUCAGGGGAAGAUUCCGCGUGCCUACGCCGGUCAUCCAGCCGUGUUUCCCCGGGGCGAACAGCCACACGCCACGCCCGGCCUCUCUGGAGGACAUGCCCCAGCACCAGCUGCCUCGCCACGCCGGGGAGAUCUACGCGCCCAUCUCCGGUCCCCAGGCGUACUCCGGCCUGCAGCAGGGCCUGCCCUCCCAACCGGGCCUGCGCCUCCCAUCCUCCGAGAGGAACUGUUCCCCCAUCUACGGCCUGGACCUUUCCAAGAAGAGCCCCAGCUCUCACUCCCAGCACACGCCGUCCCACUCCCACCUGAGCCACUCGCACCACCCGGACGACGAGCCCGGCGGCCGGCCGCAGAGUGGACGCGACAGCCCCAUGCUGGUGUCCAACCACUCCGACAAGAUGGAGACCGGCGAGCACCCGGGCGGACCCCUGACCCCCCACUCGCUCCCGCGCCUCAACCAGCCGCUGGCACCCCACCUCCCCCACCUGCAGCGCUCGGGGCCCCAGAACCAGGAGGCCUACCCCUGCCCGCCCAGCCCCGACACCCCGGGGGACAACGGCGAGCGUGGCCGGGACCGGGUGAGCGUCUACCGCUGGGUGAAGAACGAGCCGCUGUCCUACAACCCCGAGGACGAGGAGGAAGACGAGGAAGACGAUGAGGGCGAAGACAUGGCGGACAGGGACAAGGACAACAACCACAAGGGCAACGAGGUCGGGUACAGAGGGGUGGAGUGCGACGGCGAGGACGAGAAGAGCGGCUCGGGGAGCGAGGAGACGGGCAGCAGCGAGGGCCGGCCGUCGCCGCCUGGUGGCAUGGGGAGGUACCACGUGCCGUUCGAGCCCGAGAGCUUCGGCGACAACCUGUACGUGUGCAUCCCCUGCGACAAAGGCUUCCCCAGCUCCGAGCAGCUCAACGCCCAUGUGGAGACUCACACCGAGGAGGACCUCUACAGCAACUCCGAGCUGGGCAAUGGUAAGGGCAACAGUGGCGGCGGCACCCCCAACGGACCGCCCAACCACAACAACAGCAACAACAACAACAGCCUGUCCUACCAGGACAGCAAGUCCGGCCAGAUGCUGCCGGCGGUGGGCAUGGGCGAGAUGAUCCGGCCGUACCGCUGCUCCAGCUGCGAGAAGUCCUACAAGGAUCCGGCCACGCUGCGCCAGCACGAGAAGACCCACUGGCUGACCCGGCCGUACCCGUGCAGCAUCUGCGGCAAGAAGUUCACGCAGCGCGGCACCAUGACGCGCCACAUGCGCAGCCACCUGGGCCUCAAGCCCUUCGCCUGCGACGCCUGCGGCAUGCGCUUCACCCGCCAGUACCGCCUCACCGAGCACAUGCGCAUCCACUCGGGCGAGAAGCCCUACGAGUGCCAGGUGUGCGGCGGCAAGUUCGCCCAGCAGCGCAACCUCAUCAGCCACAUGAAGAUGCACAGCACCGGCGGCGCGGGCACGGGACUGACCGCCGACGGCAAGCUCAAGUUGGACUUCUCAGACGGCAUCUACCCGCUGACCAAAUACACGGCCGAGCACCUGGGCCUGAAGCAGGAGAAGGCCUCGGAGCUGUUGGCCCAGGCCUCGCAGCACCUCCUGGAUGCCAAGACCAUCGAGAGCCUGUACCCGCUGCACAAGCUGGCCGUCGAGCACUUGGGGCUCACGCACGACAAGAUGGACGUCAUGGCCCAGGGCCUGCCUCCACCGCCCCCACCGCCACUGCCCCCCAUCCCUGGGGAAUCUCGCACCAUUGAUCGCUACUCGCCCAGCUAAGGAGGAACUGGCAAGGCGAAAGGAAAGAAAAAAACCAAAGAAAAGGAAGAAGUUAAAACAGAGCCUGCCAAAGCAACAAGUUUCGGACGAGUCUCGAUUGGCAUUGUCAGGGACGCCUUUCUGAAAUACCGCCUACAGUAUUUUUUCAACUCCACUCACCUCAGCUUGUUCUAAAGACCUGCACCUCAGAUUUAGGAGGCCAAAGAAAGCAAUGGCCAAAAUAAAUGCACACAAAACUUGACACCAAUAAGUGCCUUUUCCUUACCAAUUGUGCAUCGCAUGCAAAGAAAUAAAACUUCCUAAAAGGAGAACUGUUAUUUAUAUGGUUUUCGACCAUGGACACAAACAUAACAGUGCAGUAUUUAUAUGACAACAACUCUUUUUUAGCUAAGCCAUCGAGCCAGAAAACAAAAUUCAUAACCAAAAAAAAGAUUGUUUUUAUUUAUUUUUUUCUUUUGUAUGUAAAAGAAAGCCAAAUAAGAAAAUUGUUCAAAUGUUACAAAUAGUGUUGCAACCACACCCUAAACCUGUGUACUUAGAGUUGUUAGUGUAUAUAUAAAAUGAGGAAAAAAAGCACAUAUGAUCAAGAUUCAGGGCUUCUGUCCAGGACUGAGAGGGAAUUUGGACAAAAGAAAAAGCCUUUGGGAUUUUACAGAAAUUGGAAGACUGUAUUUUUUUGAAAGACUUGACGGAGUACUGGAUUUUCUCCUGUACCUCACUUUCCAGCUUUUGCCAGCUCUUCCAGUCAAAAGGGAGCAACAAACUGAAGAGCGAGAGAGAGUGUUUGUUCCAGCAUUUAGGUAAUGUGAUCUAAGCUUUGUUUUCUGCAUUUGUUGCCCAGCCCUUCCAAGCGUUAUAUGUAACAGCCCACAACAAUAGUAGCGCUAUUAUUUUUCUAAGCAGUGCCAUAGCCUUUUGAACCCUUCAACUUUUUACAUUGUAUUGUUUAAUUCCACUCCUGUCAGAGCACCAAGUGCCUUCAAACUGUUUUUGAAAGAGUAGCUAGUACAACCCUGUGAUCUCACAACUGGGAAAUCAUAGUGCAUACCCCGAUCAUGACAUCGUAAUCCCCGUUCAUGCAUUUUAAUCCAUCUGCUGGGUUAGAGUAAGCAUGGGUGUCGCCGCAAAGAAAAAAAAAAAAAAAAGAAAAAGAAAGUUGGGUAAUAUUUACAACAGGAGGCCACAGCCUUGUGAUAGGCCUCGAGAGGGCCCCCAAUUUAAUCCAUCUGUAAACCAUGUCUGGACUGAUCAAUGACUGUCCAGGGCUGACGAGAUAAAAGAACGAUCCUGUUAGAGAUCCGUCACACUAUCUGGCGAUGGACUGGCAAACAGGCUAAACAGGCGUUUACAAACAGCGGGCGUUAGAAAGCCGUGUGAUUGGUUCGGGAGGGUCCUCCCAUUGGCCCCUGGAGCAUCUCCACAUGACCCCUGUCCGUCUCUGGCCUGCUCUCUCGCUGACACUGUCUAGCUGAUGGGAGGGUCUCACGUGAAAAACAGCCCCCCUCAGCGCUCUCUCUAAGCCGAUAAUGUGACAGUCAUCCGAACUGAGCGAAAGCGGAGUGCUCCCUCUGACACGAGUUUGUGUGUGUGUGUGUGCGUGUGCGUGUGUGUGUGAGUGUAGACGCGUGCAUGCAGACAUAGGGUCGAACAGCAUGGUCCAGCUGCUCCACCAAUUGUAAUCCCUGUGAAAUCAACAAUUCUCCCUGACAAUUUGGGACUGGUGGCCUGGCGCGCUCCAGGAUUUCAUGCCUGUUCUUUGCACCCAGUAAUCUAGCCACACUGUCCAGCCGUCCAGCUCUCUCCCCUCCCUGAUACUCGUCCAUCUGUCAACUGCAAUAGUGGGGGCUGUCAUUCUAGUACGGGAUAGCACUGCCGCGCACACACAGGCUGCAACAGAAACUCUCUUCCUAAAGAACCAGUAGGGUAUGUCGUUGCAAGCAUGUCUUGUUCAAGUUAGCGAGAUCAAAACAGACUAUGUGUCUCCAUAUUUUUUAAAGACAUUUAUUGUAAUCUCGUUUCAUGCUCAGCCCUAGUAAAUUGAAACCACUUUUUCGGAGGGAUUUGGAGACUAUGGCACUUAAAAGUUUAUAUCCCAAAGAGAAUGCUGGCUGUGUAUUUUUUUAUUUUAUUUUGAUGGAAAAACCGAGAGAGAAGGGAGUUUGUUGACCACUAGUGACAAUUGCAACCUCAGUAGGUGAAUGUGAAGACCAAAGCCAUGAAUGCACUGUGAUUUUUUUAAAACAUGUUAAUGCAUCUGCAAGCCUUACUCAGUAAAAACUGAGACCUGGUAACCAAAAUGUGGAAAGGGCACCACAAUAUAACGCCUUAGUAGAAUUCUGAGGGCUUUGAACUGUAGCAUGUAAGCAUAUUUAGGUGUUUUUUUUUCUCCUGUUACAUUUUAUUUUCACCAAAGCGAAGGGUAACUGGGGU